GCCACCGCCGCCGCCAUGUUGCGGCCGUUGGUGCCCGGUGUGGGGUGAGGCCUGUGUGGGGCCCCGGCGGCGGCGGGGCCCUCCGAGGAGCUGCUUGUGAGGGUGGCAAUCUCAAACCUCCUCCUGGAACAGUAUGGUUCAGGCUAGUUUAAAAACUGUCGAGGAGCUACUGCCCAUCUCCACAGGUCCCCAGCAAUAGCCCCACUAGCGAAAGCUUUCAUCAUGGGGGACAUGAAAACCCCAGACUUUGAUGACCUCUUGGCUGCUUUUGACAUCCCUGAUCCGACUAGCCUUGAUGCCAAGGAGACUAUUGCAACAGCUGGGGAGGAGAAUGAGAAUCACCUGAAGUCAUCGGGAAUCUGCAUAGAUGAGAAUGUGUCCUUGUCCCAUUCUUUGCCUCCCUCUGAUGCUCCUGUGGUAAGUGUGAUAGUGAAGAACACGAGUCGCCAGGAGUCCUUUGAAUCAGAAAAGGAGGGGAAUCACCUCGGGAGUGGUCUGCUGCACAAUGGGUUUCGUGGAUCCGAUCUGCAGUCAGAGGCUCACGCUUUAGUGCAUAAUUAUGGCAAAUUUGAGUCAACCUUUAUUAAUGGUGACAGCUCGAGAAGUUACUCUGAUAAACUGGACCAUUCCAAGUCAGAGCCUUUGCCCACUUUUAACCAGUUUAGCCCAAUUUCCAGCCCUGAACCAGAGGACACAUUCAAAGAGAACAGUACUGGGGAGAAACCCAAACAUGCCCAAACUCCAUAUUUUCCACCGCCUUCCAUGUAUAUACCGACAGGACCUUCUGUACUAGAUCACCUUAGGAAGGUACCAGAGCCCGAAUUGAGCAUGUUUGACCAAUAUUGCAAAAAGGAACAAAAGGUGGAAAUCCACUGCCAGCUGGAGAAUAGGCUGGAAAUGAGCAGGAGAGAACAAGACAAAGCAGCAGAGAGGUUUGUGGAGUCAAGCAAGGACUUGGUAGACACCAAUAACUUUCUUGGAGAAGGCUUGGUGUUUGGAGACCUCCCUCAAAAUAAUUUAGGAGAAAGUAAGGGGUCUGUGCCUGAGCUGAACAUGUCUUCAUCGGUACCACCUCGCCAGAGGUUAAAGCCGACGCAUUCGAAGUUGUCAUCCUGUGUGGCAGCAUUAGUAGCUCUUCAGGCCAAAAAGGUUGCGUGUAUUCCAAAAGGUGAUCAGCCAAAUCUUACCAAGGAACCUGGUCCUUUUAAAGAUGGGACAAAGGGAAGUCCAAAAAUGCCCAAGUCACCAAAGAGUCCCCGAAGUCCCUUAGAGGCGGUGAGGAAGGCCAGCAAGCAGCCCGAGAGUCCUCGAAGCGUGUGCAGUGACAGCAGUGGGAAAGGCUCUCCUUCCAUGGCAGCCGGCUCUCCGCCAGCUAUUCCCAAAGUUAGAAUCAAGACUAUCAAAACAUCCUCUGGUGAAAUUAAAAGAACUGUAACCAGGAUUUUGCCAGAAAAUGAUGAGUUGGGUAAAUCUUCAGAAGAGUCGCCUCUGGAGACCUCAUCUGCUGAAGAAUUUAUCAAAUCUUUCCCAUCCCCUGACACUAGUGCAGUUAUGGAAAGCGAGGCUGGCAAGAACUCAGCCAAGAACGGGGCGGCUGUAGCUAUCCAGCUGUCAAAUGUAACGAGCCCUUACUCAGACAGCAUGAAAACAGAUCUUACUGGAAACAGCACGUGUGCUGUGUCUUUAUCUCCACUGCCAAACUGUGGUAGCGGCGCCAUAAAAGUGGGCAUGAAGAGGCAGCAGCAGGGUAUUGUGGUGCAGCCAUCCAGCGUGGCGACCUCCAGCCUUCUCCCCAAAGCUGUGCACUUGGCAAAUCUCAACUUGGUCCCACACAGCAUCGCUGCUUCUGUUACGGCCAAGUCAUCCACACAGAGGCGAAGUCAGCCCCAGGUGACACAGAUGUCAGUGCCGCUGGUGCACCAAGUCAAGAAAGCUGCUCCCGUAAUUGUGGAGGCAUUUAAUAAAGUACUGCACAGUGCUAAUCCGGUGCCAAUCUAUACUCCAAACCUUAGUCCUCCACCUGACACCAGUAUUAAUUUACCUGCCUCUGGGUAUUGUUGCCUGGAAUGUGGGGACUCUUUUGCCUUAGAGAAAAGCCUGACUCAACACUAUAGUAGACGAAGCGUUCAUAUUGAGGUCAUGUGCACUCAGUGUUCAACUAUGCUACUUUUUUUUAAUAAGUGUAGCUUGCUUAAACAUGCAAGAGAUCAUAAGAGCAAAGGGUUUAUAAUGCAGUGCUCUCAGCUGCUAAUGAAACCAAUUUCCCUAGACCAAAUGUUUUCACCUUCUCCUACAAGCUCUUCAGCCUCUCUGGCUCCUCAGACUUUGCACUCGCCCUCUCCUUCACGUAAGUCCAGCGCUGCUUCAGGAGGUGGAGUAGGAAUUUCUGCCAGCGCCCAGCCAGCCUUGCCUCUCUACACGGACCCACUGAGUCUAAUCCGUCAUGGACUGAAGUGUUUAGAGUGUAACAAGCAGGCGCAGGAUUACAUUGCUUUAGCGGCUCAUUACCAGAGAACCUCAGAAGAUAAUGAGAGACUGACGUGUCAAGUGUGCCAGAUGAUGCUGCCCAACCAGUGCAGUUACUGCGCUCACCAGAGGAUCCACGCUCACAAGUCUCCGUACUGCUGCCCGGAGUGUGGGGCCGUCUGCCGCUCAGCCUAUUUCCAGACCCAUGUCAAGGAGAACUGCCUGCACUAUUCCCGCAAAGUCGGGUUCAGGUGCAUCCAUUGUGGAGUUGUCUUCAUGACCCUCGCCAUGCUGAAAGUCCACAUCCAUGAGAAACACUGUGAAGUCUUCCACAAGUGUUCUUUUUGCCCGAUGGCCUUCAAGUCGGCUGACAGCACCAUGGCUCACAUGACCAGCCAGCACCCAGCAGCACCUCACAAGACUACUCAGGUGAUCUACAAAUGCUCUUGUGAGACAGUCUUUAACAAGAAGAAGCUGCUGCAAGAACACUUCGAGCAGAACACCAACAAGUUGUUAGUGGGAGUGUUUAAAUGCCCGCAGUGCCAGGUGGUGUAUAUGCAGAAACAGCAGUUAAUGCAGCAUGUUAAGGGUGUUCAUGGAGUCCCCCAAAAUCCUGAGGAGCUGUCAAACUUUCGACAGAAAUCUGAGAAGGCAUCAAAGAACCAGGUUCAUCCCCCAUCAAAGGAGCUGUCAGUAGCCAAUGGGACUUCCCGUGCCCCUCUGCCAAGGAAGGACAUGAGAGUGGAAGGACACAAUCCUGAAUCCAAGACCAGACUGAGAAGAACUGGUUGGAUUUGCAAGGAAUGUUCACAGUGGAUCCCCGAUCGGGAAACCUACGUGUCCCACAUGAAGAGAAAUCAUGGAAGGUCUAUGAAGAGAUAUCCAUGUCGACAGUGUGAACGCUCGUUCAAUGCCUCCAACAGCCUGCGCAGACACAUCCGCAAUAAUCACGACACAGCAAAGAAAGUUUAUACCUGCUGGUACUGCACAGAUGAAAAUCAGACAUUUCCUCAGCCGUUCAUGCUGGAGAAUCACAUCAGCCUCAUGCAUGGCAUCAAAAACCCAGACUUAUCCCAGAUGGCCAAAGCAAAAGCUCCAGAGAGAGACACAGCAGAAGUAACUGAUAUAUUUUCAUUGAAAAAUAAAUGUACCUGGCGAGUUGCUGUUCCCUUGGGGUGUCCUGUCACGCCGCAGCCUUGCGGCAGUCCAGCCUCCUCAUCUGCAAAAUCUCCAAAAAGGAUGGCAACGGAUGAGCUGGGUCAGGCAGAGACCGCUGAGGGUUCAGACGCGCCGCCAGCCAAAAAACUGAAAGCGCCCUGGAAGUGCGCCAAGUGCGGGUUUGCGACAGACGUCAGCGCUGAGUUCCAGGAACACAUACCUCGGCACAAGACAGACAGCUCCACCUACCAGUGCUUGUUCUGCGGCCUGUGCUACACCUCUCACAUCUCUCUGAACAGACACCUCUUCAUUGUUCACAAAGUAAAAGAUGAGGAGGAAGAGGAGGAGGAGGAGGAGGAAGACAAAAGGCAGAAGAUACAAAGAGACAUGAGUGAGAACGGACACAAGGGGUAUAAUGGCGAGAUGAACACUACGGCGGAAGAGGAAAACCUGAAAUGCAAAGAGUGCAAAAGGGACUCGUCUCUUUGCGAACACAGUCAGACGUGUGGUGCAGAGGGUCCUCACAGCACCUCACAGAACAUUCACUCAAAGUCUCUCAAGACUUAGAAACAAGAAACCCAUUUUGGUUGGCCGGGGGUUGUUUGUUGGGGGGUUUUUACUCAAAGUACAGGGUGGGGAUGGGGCAAAUCUUUGAAAUGCUCUGUUGAUUUCUUGGGAUGGACGUUGCUUUCCAUUAACUUCUAUUUGUAAGGGAAAUUUUGAAAAGAAAAAAACCUAACCCUGCCAUUGCAUCCUAAGCACUAACUCUCUGCCAGACCAGAGAGGUAAAAAGGGAAAGCAGGGCAAGAAUCCUCACAGGAGCUUGUCCAACUCUUGAGGAUCAAGGAGCACUUUCUGCAGCUGCAGUUUCCUUAAGAUGAGCUCUCUUUCCUUUGAGUGUGCGCUGCCUCAGCCUCUGCCCGGAGCCCCAGCCUUGCCUUCCCUUCCCUAUCUCGCUUUCUUUCUACUUCUAUUUAUGGCUUCUUUUUUCUCUUCCCAUCCUACCUUUGUUUUACACACUUUAACUCAUAACACUGUCUCAGCAAAACACGCGUGUCAGGACCGUGCUGGCCGAUCUGGGACCUCCUGCAUUAGACGGGACGGGUUCAAGCUGUAAGUUGUACUGAUUUUUCUUUAAUUGCCCGAAUAACAACCUUAUUUCCCAAAAGGCAA